UUAGUUAAACUACGGAAUUAUGCUUUAAAGAAACUCUCUUCCAUGUUUCUGUCCGUUUAGAGUAAUCAUCAGAUACCGGCUUUUUAAUGGGAGACCAAAAAUCAGAUUUUAUUUCUUUAAUCAGAUUAAAAAUGUCAAACACAAAUGGCCCAUCGCUGUUUCGUCUGGGUGUAAUAGUGACGAUGGCAGGAGUCAUCUCUCUGGGGGUUAUGUUUUUCUGGUUCUCAUCUCCAAACAAAUGCCCACCUCCAGUUUUUAGACCACACCAAUAUUCACAAAUCAGUUCUCUUUCUGAUAAAGCAGAGCAGAAACCUAUACUUCUGUUAUGGGUUUGGCCUGAAAAUUAUAGGUUCGAUUUCAGUGUCUGCAAAAAGUUUUACAAUAUUGAUAAUUGUCAAUUGACGGAUGACAGAGCGCUCUACAGCAGUGCGGAUAACGUCAUCGUUUAUCAUAGAAACAUCCAAUGGGAUCUCUCCAACCUUCCUCCAUCUCCUCGUCCUCCGUUCCAAAGGUGGCUUUGGUUGCAUUUGGAAUCACCAACCAACACCAAAAGGAUUCCAGGUCUGGAAAACCUGUUCAAUCUCACGCUCAGCUACAGACAGGAUGCUGAUAUUCCUGUACGGAUGCGCAUGAUGACCAGGAAGAAACCUAAUGAGGAUUUCAUCAUUCCCAAAAAGGAUAAACUGGUGUGUUGGAUUGUGAGUAACAACGAUCCCUCAACAGGUGUUGACACAAGGAACGUUUUUUACAGAGAACUCAGCAAAUACAUCAAAGUGACUUUGUUCGGAAAGGCUUAUUCAGGGUUUCUGAGUUACGACGACUACUAUCCAACCCUGGCCUCCUGCAAGUUUUACCUUGCCUUUGAGAACUCCAUCCACAAAGACUACAUCACUGAGAAGAUCAACGGGCCGCUCGCGGCGGGGACCGUCCCUGUGGUGUUGGGUCCUCCGAGAAGAAACUAUGAGAACUUUGUUCCCGCCGAGUCCUUCAUUCAUGUCAAUGACUUCCCAGACGCAAAGUCACUAGCUGAAUAUUUGCUUUAUCUGGACAAGGAUGAAGAUGCAUAUCGGAAGUACUUUAACUGGAGGAAACAUCUCACUCCAAGUCCUCAUUUAAUAUUACAGACACAAGAGUUUAUUCUGGCUAUUUGCACUGCGUGUGACUAUACCGCACGACACAGACAAUAUAAAGAAGCUCACGAUCUCUAUGAGUGGUACUUCAAUUGAUGUCAAUGUCUUAAAAUCACCUGAAAUCAGAUAUUUAUAUAUGAACUGUGACUUUUUAUACAAGAUUUAGUAACAAUUUUGGUGAAAGUAUUUUGCUUACUAAUCAUUGCUUGUGAAUGAUCUAAUAAUUAAGUGAUGAUGCUGGUACUUGAAGAAAUGUAUGCAUUAUAUGCUGGUUUGUGUCAUGAUAACACUCGUUUUCUCAGCACAAGCCAGUAAUCAACGCACAUGAACUUUGGCUGACUCAAAAUGAAUUAUAAGUACAUUUUAAGUAUAUAUAUAUUACUAUUAUCAAGUAAAAUGCGGAUAGAAAAUAACAUAACAUAACUUGUCAGAGCUAGAACUGCAUCCAACAUGAAAACCAUCCGUCUGUUUUCCUCCCUAUAUAAUUCAGAAUACAUAAAAAUAACAACGUUAUAUGAUGCAAAUUAUUGUUUUAUACUUACAUUUUACAUUUAGCACCAAAACAACUUACAAAUGAUGUAAAUAGAAGCAACCAAAAGCAACAAAAGAACAAGAAUAUGUUAGUGUCAUGACAAUUAAACCAACCACUCCUCCUUUUGUCCUCCUUUUACAUUCCGACAUAUUCUGAAGUGUUUCCAAAGCUUUCUUGUCAAUAGAAACUUCAUUGAAAGAUUUGGCUUUUAACCAACAAAUUACUAAUUGUUUGACCGAAAGAAAAGAUUGAACUGACAAGACUGGACUCG